AUGUCUGCCAAACAUUUUCUUCUAAUGAAGCUGGAUGAUAGAGCUGUUGAUGCAGUCAUGAAUAAACUAUUUAAAAACUACAAAACAUGGUGCAGGUUUUUGGGGCAUAAGCACAGUUUAAGGCUCUGUCAAGGUCAACAAGAAGCACAACAGAGAAAGAUCCUCUACAUGGGUCUAUAUCUUCUAAUCUGGGGUGAAGCUGCUAAUGUUCGCUUUAUGCCAGAAUGUCUGUGUUAUAUUUUCCAUAAUAUGGCAUUUGAACUUCAUGGUCUCUUGGCUGGAAAUGUCAGCAUUGUCACUGGCGAAAACGUCAGACCUUCAUAUGGUGGGGAUGAUGAGGCAUUCUUGAAAAAGAUUAUCACCCCAUUGUAUCAUGUGAUCGAUAAGGAAGCCAAGAAAAGCAGAAAUGGAAAAGCCACCCUUUCGGUUUGGUGCAACUAUGAUGAUCUAAAUGAAUACUUCUGGUCAGAUGAUUGCUUUUCUUUGGGUUGGCCCAUGCAAGUUGAUGGUGAGUUUUUUGAGCAAACGUAUGAAUCAAAGACCAUAGUGCAGAUUUAUACAGUUAUCCUGCUACAAGUGACAAGCAGAGGGGAGAACGGUUUCAGAAAAAAUCUGAUAAAAGCGCUGCACUUCAGGCUAUGGUUACCAUCGCCUGGAGUGAUUCUUCACCUUUUCAAAAGAAUACCCUACAUUCUAUAUCUAGUGUGUUUAUCACAGCAGCCUUUUUACACCUUCUCCAGUCCACGAAUUUAUAUUGGACGGGGCAUGCAUGAAAGUCAAUUUGCCCUUUUCAAGUAUACUUUGUUCUGGAUGUUGCUGUUGGGUUCCAAAUUUGCAUUCAGCUAUUAUGUCCAGAUAAAACCUCUCGUCAAGCCAACAAAAGAUAUACUUAAUGUUCAUAAUGUUCAGUAUGCGUGGCAUGAAUUUUUCCCUAAUGCUCAAAAGAACAUUGGAGCUGCUAUCUCACUCUGGGCCCCUGUGAUCUUGGUUUAUUUUAUGGACACUCAAAUAUGGUAUGCAGUAUUCUCUACUUUGUAUGGUGGUGUUUCUGGAGCACUCGGACGACUCGGUGAGGUAGGGGUGCCAUGCAAACGGCUUAUGGACACAGUGACUGUGAAAUGUGGCCAUUGUAAUCAUCUCUCCUUCCUUAGCCCCAGACCCAUGAUGCAAUCCCUUUGCCCCGCUGACCACCAGAUGACAUUUCAGGGUUCCUGCAGCGACUGUAGGAGGGUUCAGCCUUCGCUACCGUCUUCAUCGACGUCAAGCGAACAAUUGAUCCCCAAAGCACCAUUUGUUGUGAAACCUCCGGAGAAGAAACACCGACUUCCUUCAGCUUACAAUCGCUUCAUGAAGGAGGAAAUACAGCGUAUAAAAUCUGCCAAACCUGACAUUCCUCAUCGAGAAGCAUUUAGCAUGGCUGCAAAGAAUUGGGCUAAGUGCGACCCACGCUGCUCGACAAGUGUUUCAACCUCUGAUAACAUUGGAGCAGUGAGAACAGUUGCCCUUCCACUUGAAAGAGAAGGCCUUACAGUGGAACGUUUUGAUGUUUUCGAGCAACUGGAGCACAAAGACUAGGUUCCUAAGCUCUUUAGAUUACCUAAUCAACACAUCAAACCUUUUGUCUUGCUUGAAUUGAUGUGUUUUAUGGUGUAUGUUUUUUGAUGGAAAUCUUCCCUAUGUUAUAUGAAACGCUGGCAUAGUAGUAUGCAGUAAUUGAUGUUAUGAGUUGGAACCCA